AUGUCGCUUUCAGUAACAGAGUUGAAUUACCUGAUCUGGAGGUAUCUUCAAGAGGGUGGAUUGGAAGUGAGCGCGUAUGCUUUGCAAGAUGAGACUAAAAUAAACGAGUAUGACGAAAGAUACAGCGAUAGAAUUCCUCUUGGGUGUUUGGUAGACCUCGUGCAGAAGGGCAUUUUGUACUACAAAGUGAAUGAUAUGAUUCAAAAGGGUGGCGAGAUCGCCCCUGAAGAUAUCAUAAACAUGAAUUUCAAUCUUUUGAGCUCAAUAUCCCAGCCAUCUGAUGGAGUUGAAAAACGCAGUAUUGAACCUAUGCCAGUCGUCGCUAAUAGUACUUCACAGCCAAUCUCAUCAAUGGGGCAAAAUGGGAGAAUGGAGGACGAUAACGAGUUCACCGUGGUGCUUAGAAAUAGCUUUGUUUUUCCUGCCAGUCUGGCCAGUAACUGGAACCCCCACGAGCCGAAUGUGUUGGCUUGGGGACAGCGAGACGUUACAUCCAAUAUAUGCACUCUCUCCUGGGAUGACUCCAGUAAAGCUUUUAUUCCACAAUCGCAACCGCUUCCGCAUCCAAUAUCCUGCAAAGAAAUUGUCGCUAUAUCCUGGAGUCCAAAGGGCCAUACUUUGGUGACUGCGUCUGAAAAUGGAGAGCUUCGUUUGUGGGACUCUAGUGGCUCGAUAAGAUUCAUUAUGGCGCUACAUCAUUCUCCAGUGCUGGCAAUACAAUGGUCGCCUAAUUCCGCAUACCUAGUAAGCCUCGAUAUCACCAAUAAAGUAGUGGUGUGGGACUCUCAAACUGGACAAUCAAUUCAGCAUAUCGAUAACUUGUCGACAGAUAAUACGGACAAAUGUCUAGGGACCGAUGCAUGUUGGAUAGACAAUACUAAGUUCGUACUACCGGGCUCCGAUUAUUCAUUACAUGUUUACCAACUGGGAGACGGUCAGCCUAUCGGUGUUCUUGCUGGACAUACUGACACUAUCUCUCUGAUAAUGUACAAUAGUGAGCUUCGCCUAUUAUGUUCCGCAUCCGACGACCAAACGGUAAGAAUAUGGAAAGGAAACUCAAUAAAUUCCUUACAAGUGUUGACGGGUCAUUCGCAGCCACUCACUUAUGUCAACUGGUGCAAACUGGGAGACGGGAAUUGGUAUAUUAUUACCUGUUCACUUGAUGGCUCGCUCAAACUUUGGGACUUCUUAAAAAACAGGGUGUUGGAUUCUCGGCUAGUUGACAACGGCUCUCCAAUAUUAGUCGCCUCUUUGUCCCCCGAUAGCACGAAGCUGGCUACAGGGGACUCUGAUGGUAAUAUAAUGCUUUGGACUAUUACCGCCACGAGGAAGUUCAAACAAUUAAGUUAUUAUCAGCCUGGUAAGGUUGAAAAUUCCAAUUUCAUAUCUGCCAUCGACUGGAACUCCACUAGCAACCUGAUAUCCGUCGGAUAUAGUGGAACCUCAAGUUGUGUUAUUAAGAUUGUAUAA